UGGUUGUGGCGUGCCUGGGAACCUGCGGCUGACAGCGGGCAAUCUGUCAAUAUUGAUGUGUUUUUCAAUGUUUACGUGCAGAAAGACGAGGCAUUUCUAAGAGAAAAACUAUGAUACGUGACUGAAACCGUGUUAAAUAUGGCUCAAAGCACAGCCAGUGGAACUUCCUCUAGAAGGCACAACAGAGAUCAUGAUACGGCCUCAAUUGCGUCCUCAAGAAUUGCAGAUAUUACCGAGUGGGAGGCCAAUGAGGCUCUCAGGCAAAGAGAACUGGAGGAGGCCAAAGGCCGGGCUGCCCAGAUGGAGAAAACCAUGAGGUGGUGGUCUGACUGCACGGCAAAUUGGAGGGAAAAGUGGAGCAAAGUAAGAACAGAACGGAACAAAGCCAGAGACGAAUGCAAACAGCUUAGAUCUAAACUGGAAAUAUCCAUUAAAGAUGCCAACACAUACAAGAGAGAAAAAGAAGAUCUGGAAAUACAGAAUGAUGAGCUAAAGAAAGAAAUGGAAAAAAUACACAUAUUAUUGCUGAAGCAUGCUGGGCAGUUUGACAGUUCUAUAUUUGAGGCUUUAAGUGAAGAUCCAUUAAAGGAUUUUGUCUUCAGUAAUGGAUCGAUAAUACAAGAAAGGGAAAAUGGAGUAUCAUCGUCUCAAUCAAACCCUGAAUGUGAUAGUACUGCAAUACAAGAAGAGGGAGACAGAGAAGAUGCUAAUAAUAUUGAAGAAUAUAUUCUUCAAGGUGCUGUUCCUAGGUAUAUUAAGGAGUUUGAGAAGAAAGCAGAACUUGCUGAGCAAAUUAAUGGUGUCAGUGCAAAGGUAAAUGGCGAUAGGGCUAUUAAUGAGUAUGAUGAGGACUAUGUCAUACAAAAGUUGUCAAUGCUGCAGUUAAGAUUGGAUGAGGCUACCAAAACAUUGCAAAUUGAAAGAGAAGAAAAAUCUCAGCUACACAGAAAUAUUGAAAGACUAACUGGUGAUCUACAAGAAGCUAAAGACAAAUGUGAGGAGUUAAGGGAAUCUCGACAAGAAGCAAUGAGGGAACUGCUCACUUUAGAAGAUCAACACCUUAAAGAGGUUGAAUUGAUAAAGUGCGAUUUAAUAGAUGAAGCAAAUUCCAGGGAGGGAAUGGAUAAGAGAUUGAGUGAUCUAAGGACAGAGCUUGAAAGACUUCAAGCCGAAAAUGCAGCUGAAUGGGGCAAACGCGAGCGCUUAGAAACCGAGAAACUUUCCCUGGAAAGAGACAAUAAAAAAUUAAGGAGUGAAUUAAGAGACAUGCAAGAGAGAAUAGAGAGAAGAGGCCGCCCACUCACUAAUUCUGAUGCAGAAAUAAGACAUUUGCAGCAAGAAAUUAGUGACAAAAACAAAGAACUCACGGAAUUAAAACAUUCACAAAACAAAAUGAAAAAAAUGGUGCAAGACAAAAUAACAGAGUUAGCGCAUGCCGUGCGUCGUGCUGAACAGUACGAGACCGAAGUAAAAAAAUUGAGAGGCAGGGUUGAAGAAUUAAAAAGAGAUCUAGCAGUAGCUGAAGACGAACUCGAUACGGCAACGAAUAACUAUAGAAAGUUACAGAGGAGCAACGAUGAAUUGCAGGAGCAAGUCGAUAAUUUUCAAGUGCAGCUUCAACAUUUGCACACUAGUAUUGAAAAGGAAGACGGAGGUGAAGAAAUGGCACAUUAUGAUGAAAAUGAAUGCAUUACGUAACUCAAACUCAACCAACCUUCUGACAAGGGGUAACUUGUUAAUGGUGGAGGGAAGCGACGAUGAUUUAAACGAAUAUUAGUUUUUCUAUCAAUUAAGGUAAUUUAAUGUAAAAUCUUUUUAUGUUAACAUUAUCUUUGGUUCUAUUUUUUCUUUCAAAGCAAUGAUUUGUCUUCCAUUUUCAGUGUAUAUUUUAAUUUACCUUAUAUACUCAGUAUUGCAAUAUAACUUGCCUAAAACUUUUAUAUUUUGUAUUAUUUUUGUGUACAAAUCUCUGAAUGUAUAUUUUAUUUGUAAAGCAUCUUACUUAUUUAUAUUAUAAUUUGUAUAUUAUUUUUUUUAUAAAUUUGUAUUAGAAUAUAAAAUUAUAUAUUAUUUAGUAAUAAUGGGCACAAAUUAUUUAAAAUGGCCUAGUAAAUAAAUUAGAUUGUUUCUGUCCUGUUUAAUGACUGACUUGUAAUGUUGUAGACUGAAAAUCAGUGAAUUUUCGAUUAUAUGCAUGUUGUAUAAUAAUAAUAAUAAUAACAAUAAUGUAGGCUUCUAAAAACAUUUGUGAUUAAAAUUAUCAAGCAAAGAUUGGUCAAUAUAGUUUUUUAAUACCG